UUUAUUUUGCAUGCCAAAGAAGAUUCAGUUAUGCUAGUAACUGCAACUUCCAAGUUUACAAGUACCAUUUCCCAAAUUAAGUACUGAAAAAUCUUUCUGCAUUAGAAACUAUAAUUGUAUAGUGUUCAUGGAUUUUUAUAAAGUCAGUUACUACCUCCUAUAUGAAUUGACUAACAAAUCACACAGGUAGAUAGCAUUAACAAUGGUGAGAAAUUUCUACAGAGAGAUUAAAUCAAAUUAAUUUUAUUAAGCCCAAAUUAAAUUAAUUUGGGAUUCAUAUAAAAAGACCUAAAGCAAUUAUUCUUAAAACUGGUGUUUUUUACAAAGUUAAAGAGAUGACCACCCGUAAAUGCUCCUGGGUAGUCCAAAAGUAAUUGCAGAAAUCAGGCCUAAAAAUUUGACUGCAUUGUUUGUAUUUCCUGAAACAUUUUCAUUGUAAUUUCUUGACAGAUUUCUGAUACUGUUGUCAUAACUAAUUACACAGUAAUUCAUUUACUAUUUCUACAAAGCAAGAGUGUCAACAAUUUGCUUGUACUGUUCUGUUAUAUUUUAGAUGAUAUUUGUUAAUGUUUCACUAUGCAUGUUCCACUCUUCCUGCACAUUCCACUGUUCUGGGCACUGUAAGAUUAAACUUGAUAUGAAGGGCAACAUACUCCAUUAAGUAAAAGACCUAGAUUUUAUCUCGGUCUAGAUAAAAUAUCUAGAUUUUAAAUAUGAUAGAACAGUAUACAUUAUGCAUUUUUGAUGUAUUUGUCGGAGAACCUCUAGAUAUAAUAAUAGAAGCAAGGAUUUUUUUGAAUUUACUGUUGUGCCAUAAAUGGAUUUCAGACAUUUUCCAAGAGGUAGCAUUAUAGCAGCAGGUUGCAUGUUGUACUUAAAACAUAAUUGAAGCAGUAUCUGUUGUAAGCAUGGCUUCUGUGUAUGUGCCCAACUCUCCUAGCGAUUCAAGAAUAGAAGAAGAAAGGCAGUAAUCCCAUUUGGAUAAAAUGGUUCACUAAUAAGGAAACAAUCCUAACACUCCAGAUUUUUAAUCCAUAUUUUAAAACAUAGUUAAGAGCUGACAUAUAUAUGUCAAGGAAUAUCCUUGGAAAUCGUAUAGUUAUCUGUCAACAUGUAACUAAUUAAUAACCACUAUGGAAAUCGCAAUUUCCUCAUCAAAAGAUAAUGAGCUUAAAUUUUAGUAUUUCACAUGCAUAGCAACAUAUUAAAUGCUGUGCUUUACUAGAAAGUAUUGUCCAGUGGGAUGGCCUUUUAACCUCCACAAUAUACAUUUUAUUUUUAUUCCCUAGACUUGCACAUGAAGUGCAUAUGUUCAUAUUUACCCAGUUUGGAGAUGGGUAAGAUACAACCAACAUAGCUCCAUCUCCAUGGCCAUCUUUUAUUUCAUGCCACAUUCCUUUUUCCUGUCCAGAAAAAUUCCAUUUCUAAUAAACAGCUGCCAUGUUUCACCCCAUGUGUUCAGUGGUACAGAAUCUCUUGUAGAAAAUACUACAGACAGCUCUUUGAAAUACAUGUUUAUCUAGUGAAUUAACAAUGUUGUAGAAAGUUACUUUCUUUUAACUGUCCAUCCUAGAAACUAAAGUUUACCUUCAUUUUAUUAAUGCUUGUUUGCCUUCAGUUUCAUUUAGGAAACCCUACCUGUUUCCUAAUACUCAGAGCUGAUUGCCUCUCAAUGAGCCAUGUCAGAUCAUCUUUUCUCAAGAAUACUGACCUGCAUUCUUGAUGUACCCCCCACCCCAGUUCCCAUCUUGCAGACACUCUUAAAAAAUAAAAUGCAUGCACUUCACUAACAGAAUACUUUCCUAUGUCUAAAGUUCUUCUUCACCUAGAAAUUACCUUUGCUGUUAUUAAUAAGAUCCCUUCUCACAGUUUUGGAGCAUAUAACUGGGGUAUCCUGUCUUGGUAGUGAAUGGAAGAGGGCCUGGUCCCUGGGGCAGUACAGAAGGCACUUUCAUCAUCUCACUCACUGCAAAUGUCAUGUGAGGUUUCAUGGAAGUAUUAAGAGAUCCAAUUAAGAAGAAUAGUUCUGAGUCUAAACCAGCCCAGAGUGGCUUCUCUAGGGGAAACUCCCUGCUCAGCUGCCCUGAAUCUGUGGAGGCUAGUCCAGCAGUUAAUGAGAAGAGCGUGUAUUCCACUCAUAAUUAUGGGACCACUCAGAGGCAUGGGUGUCGAGGACUGCCUUAUGCUGAUCAUAAUUACGGAGCCCCUCCUCCUCCGACACCUCCUGCUUCUCCCCCUGUCCAGACGAUCAUCCCUCGUUCUGACCUGAAUGGCCUGCCGUCGCCCGUAGAGGAACGCUGUGGAGACAGCCCGAACUCUGAAGGAGAGACUGUUCCUACCUGGUGUCCUUGUGGUCUUUCUCAGGAUGGCUUCCUUCUCAACUGUGACAAGUGCAGGGGAAUGAGCAGGGGGAAGGUUAUUAGACUUCAUCGGCGGAAGCAGGACAACAUAUCAGGUGGGGAUAGCAGUGCAACAGAAAGCUGGGAUGAGGAGCUUUCUCCUUCCACUGUGUUGUACACAGCAACACAGCACACACCUACAAGCAUCACCUUAACUGUUAGAAGAACCAAACCCAAGAAGAGGAAGAAGAGUCCAGAAAAGGGUCGUGCAGCAGUGAAGACGAAGAAAAUCAAGGCAUUUCGAGAGGGAUCCCGGAAGUCCUUGCGGAUGAAGAAUUCUCCUUCUGAAGCACAGAAUUUAGAUGAGAAUACAACUGAGGGAUGGGAAAAUCGGAUAAGACUAUGGACUGAUCAGUAUGAAGAAGCUUUCACUAAUCAGUACAGUGCAGAUGUACAGAACGCCCUUGAACAACAUCUACAUUCUAGCAAGGAAUUUGUGGGCAAACCUGCUAUUUUAGACACUAUUAAUAAGACUGAAUUGGCCUGUAAUAAUACAGUUAUUGGUUCCCAAAUGCAGCUACAGUUGGGAAGAGUCACUCGUGUUCAAAAGCACCGGAAGAUCCUGAGGGCUGCAAGAGAUUUGGCUUUGGACACUCUUAUAAUAGAGUAUCGAGGGAAAGUCAUGUUACGACAACAAUUUGAGGUCAAUGGGCAUUUCUUCAAAAAACCAUACCCCUUUGUGCUCUUCUACUCAAAAUUCAAUGGUGUAGAGAUGUGUGUGGAUGCACGUACUUUCGGUAAUGAUGCUCGGUUCAUCAGAAGAUCGUGUACACCAAAUGCAGAGGUGCGACACAUGAUUGCAGAUGGGAUGAUUCACCUGUGUAUCUAUGCAGUGUCUGCCAUCACCAAGGAUGCUGAGGUCACGAUAGCAUUUGAUUAUGAGUACAGUAACUGUAAUUAUAAAGUGGACUGUGCAUGUCACAAGGGGAACCGUAAUUGCCCUAUACAGAAAAGGAAUCCCAAUGCUGCAGAACCACCACUCCCACCUCCUCCAAGCUUACCCACCAUAGGAGCAGAGACAAGACGUAGAAAAGCACGACGGAAAGAGCUAGAGAUGGAGCAGCAGAAUGAGGCUCCAGAAGAGGAUAACAAUCAGCAAACAGAACAAGUUCCUGAGAAAGUAACUGUGUCCAGUGACCAUGAGGAAAUAGACAAUCCAGAAGAAAAAGCAGAAGAAGAGAAAGAAGAAGUUACAGAUGACCAGGAGAACCCAGCUCAUAGCAGAAGGACCCGGGAAGACAGGAAGGUCGAAGCCAUCAUGCAUGCUUUUGAAAACUUAGAGAAAAGAAAGAAGCGACGGGAUCAGCCCUUAGAACAAAGCAACUCUGACAUAGAGAUUACUACCACCACCUCUGAGACCCCUCUGGGAGAAGAGGCAAAAACUGAAGCCACUGAACCUGAAGUUAGCAAUCCUGCUUCAAACAUGGCCAUCCCAAGCACCCCACAGAGUGUUGGAGUGAACACCCGGAGGUCUUCCCAAGCAGGGGAUGUUGCUACAGAAAAACCAGUACCCAAGCCACCUCCAGCAAAGCCUUCUAGGCCCCGACCGAAGAGUCGCAUUUCUCGGUACCGGACCAGUUCAGCCCAAAGACUAAAGCGUCAGAAGCAGGCCAUUGCACAACAGGCAGAGUUGUCACAAGCUGCCUUGGAAGAGGGUGGAAAUAACAGCUCUGUGACUCCUACUGAAGCUGGAAAUACAGAUAGUGCAGGAGAAAACAGGCCAUUAAUAGGGUCUGACCCAACUGUAGUAUCAGUUAUGGGAUCCCAUGUCAACCGUGCUGCACCUAAAUACCCCAAAACCAAAAAGUAUCUAGUUACAGAAUGGUUGAAUGACAAAGCAGAGAAGCAAGAAUGCCCUGUUGAGUGCCCUUUACGUAUCACCACGGACCCAACUGUACUGGCAACAACCCUGAACAUGUUACCCGGUCUUAUCCAUUCCCCAUUAAUUUGCACCACCCCCAAACACUACAUUCGCUUUGGGUCACCCUUUAUCCCUGAGAGACGUCGAAGGCCCCUUCUGCCUGAUGGCACCUUCAGCUCCUGUAAAAAGCGCUGGAUAAAGCAAGCCUUGGAAGAAGGGAUGACUCAAACAUCAUCUGUACCCCAAGAGACUAGAACUCAGCACCUAUACCAAAGUAAUGAGAAUAGUAACUCUUCUAGUAUCUGCAAAGACAAUGCAGACUUGUUGAGCCCAUUAAAGAAAUGGAAGUCUCGCUAUCUGAUGGAACAGAAUGUCACCAAGUUACUGCGGCCUCUUUCUCCAGUCACACCACCCCCUCCCAAUCCAGGCUCAAAGAGCCCCCAGCUGACCACACCUGGCCCAUCUCACCCAGAAGAGGAGUGUCGAAAUGGAUACAGCCUCAUGUUCUCACCAAUCACGUCUCUUACUACUGCUAGUCGCUGCAAUACUCCUCUGCAGUUUGAGAACAUAUCCUCCCCUGAGAGUUCCCCUGCGAAUAGGCCCGAGUCCCUGUCACCCGAGCUUUGUCACCGAAAAGACCUGGACUUGACAAAAGUAGGCUACCUUGAUUCCAACACUAACAGCUGUGCUGACAGACCUUCCCUGAUCAACUCAGGUCCUUCUGACCUGGUUCCUCAUCCCUCUGUUGGGCCCCCCUCUGAGACUGGCUUUCCAAGCAGAAGUGGAGAUGGACAUCAGACCCUUGUGAGGAACUCGGACCAGGCAUUUCGGACAGAGUUUAAUUUAAUGUACGCCUACUCCCCAUUGAAUGCUAUGCCUCGAGCAGAUGGAUUAUAUCGAGGAUCUCCUCUAGUAGGGGAUAGGAAGCCUUUACAUUUGGACGGGGGAUAUUGCUCCCCUGCAGAAGGGUUUCCCAGCAGAUAUGAACAUGGUUUUAUGAAAGACCUCUCUCGUGGAUCCAUGUCACCUGGUGGUGAAAGGGCUUGUGAAGGAGUCCCGUCUGCCCCCCAGAACCCACCACAGAGGAAAAAGGUAUCCCUGUUGGAGUACCGCAAACGGAAACAAGAAGCCAAGGAGAAUUCUGCUGGUGGGGGAGGUGACUCUGCACAGAGCAAAAAUAAGUCUGCAGGAGCUGGGCAAGGCGGCAGUAACUCACUUUCUGACACUGGUGCCCACGGUGUGCAGGGAUCCUCAUCCCGGACCCCAUCUUCCCCUCUCAACAAAUUCUCCCCAUCUCAUUCUUCUAUGUCCCAUAUGGAGGCGGUAAGCCCAUCAGAUUCCAGAGGCACUUCAUCUCACUGCAGACCUCAAGAGAAUAUCAGCAGUAGGUGGAUGGUUCCCACAUCAGUGGAACGACUCCGAGAAGGAGGGAGCAUCCCCAAGGUCCUCCGAAGCAGUGUGAGGGUGGCCCAAAAAGGAGAGCCUUCUCCCACAUGGGAGAGUAGCAUCACAGAGAAAGACACAGACCCUGCAGAUGGAGAAGGCCCAGAGACCCUGAGCUCAGCACUCUCUAAAGGAGCAGCAGUUUACAGCCCUUCCAGAUACAGCUACCAGCUCCUGCAGUGUGAUAGUCCACGGACAGAAUCACAAAGCCUCCUUCAACAGAGUUCCUCCCCCUUUAGAGGACAUCCCACCCAAUCUCCAGGAUACAGUUAUCGAACUACUGCACUGAGACCUGGAAACCCCCCCUCUCACGGUUCUUCAGAAUCCUCCCUCUCUUCUACGUCCUAUUCCAGCCCCGCCCACCCUGUAUCCACAGACUCGUUGGCCCCAUUUACGGGGACACCAGGGUAUUAUAGCAGCCAGCCACAUUCUGGAAACAGCACUGGCAGUACUCUUCCAAGGAGGAGCUGCCCUUCUAGUGCUGCUAGCCCUACCCCACAGGGCCCCUCAGACUCGCCGACCUCAGACUCGGUCUCCCAGUCCAGCACAGGAACUCUGAGUUCCACCUCCUUCCCUCAGAACUCUAGGUCGUCAUUGCCAUCAGACUUACGGACUAUCAGUCUGCCCAGUGGGCAGUCCGCUGCCUACCAGGCCUCCAGGGUAUCUGCGGUUUCCAAUUCACAGCACUACCCACACCGUGGGAGUGGGAGUGUGCACCAGUACCGACUCCAGCCACUGCAAGGCUCAGGAGUCAAGACUCAGACAGGACUUUCCUAGGGCUUCUGGAUUUGGGCAAACAGAACUGAAUGAGCCCAUAGCUGCUUCCUUCCAGCUGCCUCUGGAACCUAGGCCGAGCAUAUUGCUGGGGAAGAGGGUACAAGGUGCCAGAGGACUGGGUCUGGUCGACAAGAAACGAGACUUGUGGUCAUGACUGGCUCUGGCCUUGGAGAAAGAUGUAAAUCUUGUCUGAAGCAGAGACUAUAAAGAAGUUUCUCCCUGCUGUUAAGGGUACAUUGUUGACAAGCAAAUGGUGUUCCGGUUAGUAACGGUUCUAAGUGCAAUGAGUCGUGUUGAAGCCUCUGUCUCCCGUCCUUGCCUGUAGCCUGUAGUCACUUGUGCAGUGGGGACAUCUUUUUACACACACACGUGCACGCACACACACACACACACACAGAAGUUUUCUUUUCAGAGGAAAAAAAUGAAAAGAGCCAAUCUCAAAGCCCCAAGCCAUCUGAGUAAUAAUAGGGUUUUUAUGCACUUAAGAAAGGUAGGUAUGUAAAUGUUCACCCUGUGACAACCAUUCCAAAAGCAGGUAUCUGGCCAAGAUGUGUCCACCAAGAACACUCCCUACCUUUGUCUUAAAAUCAAGAAAUACAGGCAGGGAUAGCAAAGCUUGGAAUGUGCUCUGGCUGAGGGGUGCCUGGCUCUCUGAAGAAGAGCUCCUGGUCAACUGGAUUCAGGAGCAGAUGAUGGUCUGAACCCCCGGCUGUUCCCAUACCACUCCCCUCCCCCAAGCUGUCUCACAGCUCAGUAACCCAGUAAGUAAGUAGACAAAAGAGGAAUAAGUGAGAUGGGCCAAUUGCAUUGCUAGUUAUCAGCUUUUGGCAAUAAAUUUGAUGAGUAAGGA